UGUGAGUGAGAUGAAGAAAAAAUCAGAACUAAUCUUCCUUCCCUCACCAGGGAUUGGACACUUAGCUUCAACACUUGAAUUUGCAAAGCUCUUAAUCAAAACUAAUAACACUCUUUCCAUCACAGUCCUAUGGAUCAACCUCCUAAACACUCCCAUUUCAGAUUCAUACAUCAAAUCAGUUCUUAACUCACAACCUCAAAUCCAUCUCAUUCAUCUCCCUCAAGUUGAAUCACCACCAAAGGAGCUAUUAAUAUCACCACCAUGCUACAUCCAAUCCCUCAUGCACAACCUCACACCUCAUGUCAAAUCCACCAUUCUAUCAUCUCAUUCAAACCAUGUUGUUGCUUUAGUCCUUGAUAUCUUCUUAUUGGGCUUUAAUUGUAAUUGGGCUUUUAGUUUUAUUAUCCACUACGGAGAAAACUAUAGAGACAGCAGAAAACGUGAAAAAAAAUAUAACGCCGACGAUCUUACGAACUCCGGCGAUAACUCCGGCGGUAACUCCGGCAUCUUCUCCGGCAAGAGCUUUGAGGACAUCUCCGUCAACAACUCCGACGACAGUUCCGACAAAGAUUCCGACGUCAUUUCCAAAAAGGUUUUCGGUGUUACUUCCGGCGACUUUCCCGACUCCGGCCACAGUCCUGACGUCUUCUCCGACAACUCCAAUAAUAAUAAUAAUAAUAAACCACUCUAUCAUCCUAUCUAUGCUAUUGGUCCUUUGCUUGAUCUCAAAGUUAAACCUAACCCUAAUUUAGAUCAAUCUCAGCAUGAUCUUAUAUUAAAAUGGCUAGAUAAGCAGCCAUAUCAAUCUGUUGUUUUUCUAUGUUUUGGAAGCAUGGGAGUUAGCUUUGGUACAUCUCAAAUAAGAGAAAUAGCAUUAGGACUUAAGAAUAGUGGAAUGAGGUUUUUAUGGUCUAUCAAGUCUCCACCAGAAGGGUUCUUAGAUUGGAUGAAACUGGAAGGUAAGGGAAUGACAUGUGAAUGGGCACCUCAAGUGGAGAUAUUGGGACAUAAGGCUAUAGGUGGAUUUGUUUCACAUUGUGGAUGGAAUUCUAUUUUGGAAAGUUUGUGGUUUGGUGUUCCAAUAUUGACAUGGCCUAUUUAUGCAGAACAGCAGCUUAAUGCUUUUAGGAUGGUGAAGGAAUUGGAGCUAUCCGUGGAGUUGAGAGUGGAUUAUAGAAUAGGUAGUAAAGAUGUUGUUAUGGCUGAAGAGAUUGAGAAAGGGUUGAAGAAUUUGAUGGAUAGGGAUAACAUUGUGCACAAGAAGGUUCAAGAGAUGAAAGAGAUUGCAAGGAAUGUUGUUGUUAAUGGUGGAUCUUCUUUCAUUUCUGUUGAAAUACUUGUUAAUAAUAUGAUAGGAAGCAACUAAUAAUAUUUUAUGUAAAAUUUCAGAUUCAAUAUCAAA